UCAUUUGUGCCGGAUAGGAUCACAUCAAAUCAUCUCUACACAUCAAACACACAAAGUUCACAAAUGUUUAUGUAAAAUAUUAGUUGUAAAUUCAUGUCAGCGCAAUCAUGGCCAGCAAGCAGCCUACAUGCCAGCAGCUGGCGUAUCUGGACGAGCUGAAGCAGCGGCUGCAGGAGCUACGUCUUCGCCAGGAGACUUUCAUAGAGGAGACGGCCGUGAUAUUGCGUAAUAUUAGCUCAGAUCGACCAGUUCAAGUCAAUGUGGUACCAUCGACGAAGUCUGUAGUUCUGCCAGUUCGAUGUGAGGAGGAACCCGAAAGUGUUGGCAACAUCAAGCAAUUGAUUCAACGGUUUGAGGAUCUUCGCAAGACUUCGAAGCAGUUCAGUGAUCAGGCCAUGCCCGAGGAGCUCCUGGGUGUCGAUGUGAGGAAACUGCUAAAGGGCUAUGAGAACCUCAUAAUGGAGGGCAACAUUCUGCAUAAGAACUGGAUGCUCCUGAAAAAGACUACGGAAAGUUGUGCGCGUCAAGGCAACUAAGAUGAAUCUAAGUUGAAACUAAAGAUCUCAAAAUCACCUUCUUUCGCAGAAUAUCUAAAUGGAGACCUGCCCAGAACCAGGCCCGAGGAAACAACACAACAACAGUGUUACAAUAUCCAAACCAACAGAAAACUAUUUGAGAAACUGGUAAAGUCCCCAUCGAAAUUCAUUCAUAGAAUUAGAAGAAGUAACAACUCAAAUCAAAUCAAAUAUGGUGUGGAAUCUAAGAAACUAAAGUUCCCUGAACACGAAGGAAAGACUCAAUAUUCUG